AUGACGGGCACCGCCGCCGCUGCCGCUGCCGCCGCCACCACCACCACGCUGAGCAUGAAGCUCCUCGUCGACACCAAGUCCCGCUGCGUGCUGUUCGCGGAGGCGGGCAAGGACGUGGUGGACUUCCUCUUCUCACUCCUCGCGCUGCCGAUCGGCACGACCGUGAAGCUGCUCGGAGAGGAGUCCAUGGCGGGCAGCACCGGCGAACUCUACGGCAGCGUCGAGAGGCUCGACGACACCUACGUCCAGCCCGGCGCGGCCAAGGACGCGCUCCUCCGCCCCGUCAUCGCCCCCUCGCCGGCGGCGGCCUCCAACGUGGCCCUCCUCGGCUUACCGCCGCCGACGCCACCGGCUCCGGCAAAGAGAUUCUACAGGUGCUCCUCCGGCUCCUACGGCUCCUGCCGCGACUACGUGGGGGAUACCUACGCCACCAAGUGUCCGAAAUGUAACAGCUCCAUGACGACUGAAUGCCAGUUGGCGCCGCCUCCAGCCGGGUCCGUGACCGCGAAGACGGACACCGUGGUGGCGGCGCAAGGGUUCGUGCGCGGCGUCGUCACGUACACGGUGAUGGACAGCCUCGCGGUGUCGCCCAUGUCCGCCAUCUCCAGCAUCACGCUGCUCAACACCUUCGCCGUCACGGAUCUCAGCGUGCUCCAGGAGAAGACCGUGCAGAUCGGCUACAAGGAGGGUUUAGAGAUUUUGAAGGCCUCGCUGCAGUCCAAGACAGUUCUCACCGACGUUUUCCUUGGCAACAAGUCCCGUAGCCACGCUUGAGGAUUCUGGCGUGCAUGGAUAGAAUAUAAAAAUCAUAGUUCGAUCGAUCCAUCUUUUGUUGCUUCAGUCCAAUCAAUCUUUAUUUUCUGAUGCAUUUGCGUAGUUGCAAGUUUUUAUGCUUGCUGGAUACAGUAUUUAGGUAAUAUCCUAUCUUGCUUAUGCAGCUUUAUGCCACGCUGGUUUGCCUGACACUUGA